UGGCCAUAGUUCCCGCCGGCCGGCCGAAUCACUCACACGCACAGCUCGGCUCAGCUCACAAGUCACAACACACACGCGACCAAGUGAGCGGCUAUGGCGACGGGAAUGCCAGAGUGCUCCCCGGCCUUGCUGGUGGCCGCCGGCCUCGCCGUGCUAGCGAUCUGCUCGUACCUUGCCGCCAUCGUUGUCGGCCGCGGCGCCGCGCGGUACCCGCCUGUGGCCGGAACGGUGUUCCACCAGGUAUACCACCUCCGGCGGCUGCACGACUACUACACGGACCUGUUCCGCGAGCACGCCACGUUCCGGCUGCUCGCGCCGGGACGGAGGCAGAUUUACACCUCCGACACGGCGGUGGUCGAGUACAUCCUUAGGACCAACUUCGCCAACUACGGCAAGGUACGCGAUACAAAGGGCGCGUCUAACUACGACAAGACGAGCGAUCUCUUCGGAGACGGCAUCUUCACGGCGGACGGCGACAAGUGGAGGCAGCACAGGAAGAUCGCCAGCUAUGACUUCUCCGCGAGGGCCCUCCGGGACUUCAGCGGCGGCGUCUUCAACAGGGACGCCGCCAAGCUCGCGCACAUCGUCUCCGGCAACGCGGCCGCGAAGCAACCCAUGGACUUUCAGGACUUGCUGAUGAAAGCGACGAUGGACUCCAUCUUCACCAUCGCCGUCGGCGUGGACCUGGACACGCUGUCGGGGUCGGAGGAGGGGAGCCGCUUCGCCGCGGCGCUAGACGACGCCAGCGAGUUCACCCUGCUCCGUUUCGUCAAUGCGUUCUGGAAGGUGUCGAGGUUCCUCAACGUCGGCGCCGAGGCGGCGCUCCGGCGCAGGAUCGAGGUCGUCGACGAGUUCAUGUACAAGCGCAUCCGUGCCAGGGCGGAGGAGAUAUCGGACGGCGACAUUGGCAAGGCACACGACACUGUGUCCAAGGAUGAUCUGCUGUCAAGAUUCAUACAGGCAACCACCAGCGACGCCGGGGAGGUGGACUACAAGCACCUGAGAGACAUGAUACUGAACAUAGUCAUGGCCGGCAAGGACCCGACCGCCGGAGCGCUUGCCUGGUUCCUUUACAUGAUGUGCAAGCACCCGGAGGUCCAGGAGAAGAUAAGUGAGGAGGCUGCCGACGCCGGCGAGGCCACGUCGUCCAUCGACGACUUCUCCCGGAGCCUCACCGAGGAGGCGCUCAACAAGAUGCACUACCUGCACGCCGCCCUGACGGAGACGCUCCGGCUGUACCCUUCGCUCCCGCUGUUGACUGAGACUAGUCCCACCCAACGAAAAACCAUCGAUAAUGUGCCCCAAGUUGAUACCCGUAAAGGCAAAGCAGUGUCAGACCUGAGCCACCAAUGCAAGCAACUCUCACAGGAUGCUAAGCAGACCAUGACCAGCUCGUGGACUAAACCGAGGGUGGGCAGAGUAAAACUCAAUCCAGAUGGUUCUUACCUUGAAAACAAAGGGGUGCAGGCAUCAUUCUCAGGGAUUCUGAAGGCUCAGUAAUUCUUAGUUCAUGCAGACAUGUAUUCACAUGCGCUGAUGCAUUAGAAGCAGAGCUAUUAACUAUAAAAGAAGGAAUUUCAUUAGCACUGCAAUGGACUUACUUACCCGUUGAUGUCGAAUCCGAUUGUUCGGAGGCUAUCUCGACGAUCAAGGAAGGAGUUGGCAACAAAUAAAAGCAUGCGUUCAUAGUCAAGGAGAUCAUUGAUAGUAUGGAGGAAAGAGAUUCUUGUAUUAGUCACACUCGUCAAAACUGUAAUAAUGCUAGUCAUUCUAUGGCUACUUCUGGUAGUUUGUAGUGCCGAACUGUGAUUUGGCUAGGCUUUGGAUCAGAAGAGGUUGUGAAAAUUAUUGGACGAGAUUAUAAUACCGACCGAACUUUGAGUAA